CACCUUACUUCCGGACUGUGCGUUCCACAUACAGGAAGUGAGUUUUCAUCGACUGCUGCAGCCUCCCAGUGUCCGUGGAGAUCAGGAACUCCAGCUGUGGGGAACGGAGUCUUUAUUACACAUCACACGUUCUGUAUUAUCUCUGAUUGACCGAGGAUGGACAAGAACAGGAGUCACAGGACUGAGAGUAUAAUAAAAAUCACCCUGGAGAUCAUCUACCUGCUUACUGGGGAGGAUUACACAGUAGUGAAGAAGACAUCCAGUGAGUGUGAGAUACUCAACAGCCAUCCCCGUGUGUCAGGAGGACUGAGUAGAACCCAGAGCCCAAUCACGGUGCCUCCACCUGACUCACUGACACAUGAGAGACACAAUGACCAAAAGAUCCUGGAACUCACCAACAAGAUCAUUCAGCUGCUGACUGGAGAGGAGGUGGAGUGUAUAGAGGAACACAGGGGUCUGUACAAGGACGUGAUGAUGGAGAAUCACCGGCCCCACACAUCACUGGAAGGACCCAGUAACAGAGAUACCCCAGAGAGAUGUCCCCGUCCUCUGUAUUCCCAGGACUGUACAGAGGAGAAUCACAGGAUCCCACAGGAGGAUCAGGGUGAAGCCCAAUUAAAUAAUAUUAAAAUCAAAGAUACAGAGGGAGAAGAAGAGACAUGUGUGACUGAUAUAAAGGCAGAAGAUACAGAGGGAGAAGAAGAGACGUAUGUGACUGAUAUAAAGGCAGAAGAUAUAGAUGGAGAAGAAGAGACGUAUGUGACUGAUAUAAAGGCAGAAGAUAUAGAGGGAGAUGAAGAGACGUAUGUGACUGAUAUAACGGCAGAAGAUAUAGAUGGAGAAGAAGAGACGUAUGUGACUGAUAUAAAGGCAGAAGAUAUAGAGGGAGAAGAAGAGAUGUAUGUGACUGAUAUAAAGGCAGAAGAUACAGAGGGAGAAGAAGAGACGUAUGUGACUGAUAUAAAGGCAGAAGAUAUAGGGGGAGAAGAAGAGACGUAUGUGACUGAUAUAAAGGCAGAAGAUUUAGGGGGAGAAGAAGAGACGUAUGUGACUGAUAUAAAGGCAGAAGAUACAGAAGGAGAAGAAGAGACGUAUGUGACUGAUAUAAAGGCAGAAGAUAUAGAGGGAGAAGAAGAGAUGUAUGUGACUGAUAUAAAGGCAGAAGAUAUAGAGGGAGAAGAAGAGACGUAUGUGACUGAUAUGAAGGCAGAAGAUACAGAGGGAGAAGAAGAGACGUAUGUGACUGAUAAAAAGGCAGAAGAUAUAGAUGGAGAAGAGGAGACGUAUGUGACUGAUAUAAAAGCAGAAGAUACAGAGGGAGAAGAAGAGACAUAUGUGACUGAUAUAAAGGCAGAAGAUAUAGAGGGAGAAGAAGAGACGUAUGUGACUGAUAUAAAGGCAGAAGAUAUAGAGGGAGAAGAAGAGACGUAUGUGACUGAUAUAAAGGCAGAAGAUAUAGAGGGAGAAGAAGAGACAUAUGUGACUGAUAUAAAGGCAGAAGCUAUAGAGGGAGAAGAAGAGACGUAUGUGACUGAUAUGAAGGCAGAAGAUAUUGCGGGAGAAGAAGAAACGUAUGUGACUGAUAUGAAGGCAGAAGAUACAGAGCGAGAAGAAGAGACGUAUGUGACCGAUAUAAAGACAGAAGAUAUAGAGGGAGAAGAAGAGACGUAUGUGACUGAUAUAAAGGCAGAAGAUACAGAGGGAGAAGAAGAGACGUAUGUGACUGAUAUAGAGACAGAAGAUACUGAGGAAGAAGAAGAGACGUAUCUGAAGGGUGAUCAGCAGUGUGAGGAGGAGGAGAUCCCUACAGAUAUCAGCACAGCAGGUGGACACACAAGCAGGAAUAUCUCAGAAGGACAUCUAAUGUUAUCCCCGGAUUGUGACAUAAAAGAUAAUGACAGUAUACAGGAUUCUCCAGGAGAUAACCCCAUUACCCCAAUGAUACAUCCAGCUCUAUCAGCUGGUCCUUCUGAUCCUGGGAAGUGUUCUCCUGAUCACUCUGAUAUUGGUGCAUCUGUUACAGCUCUGAGAGUAGAUACAGUGAUUCCCUGUUCUAUAGAUGCCAAAUGUUUUACACAGAACACAAAGCGUAUUAACCCACACACAGGUAAGGAAGGUGAGAGGCCACUGAUAUGUUCAGAGUGUGGGAAAUCUUUUGCAUGGAAAUCACAUCUUGUUAGACAUCAGAGAAGUCACACAGGCGAGAGGCCAUUUUCUUGCUCUGAGUGUGGGAAAUGUUUUGCACACAAAUCACAACUUGUUAGACAUCAGCGAAGUCACACAGGUGAGAGGCCAUUUCCAUGUUCUGAGUGUGGGAAAUGUUUUGUAAGUAAAUCACAUCUUAUUAAUCAUGAGAGAAGUCACACAGGUGAGAGGCCAUUUUCUUGCUCUGAGUGUGGGAAAUGUUUUGCACUCAAAUUAGAUCUAGUUAGACAUCAGAGAAGUCACACAGGUGAGAAGCCAUUUUUUUGCUCUGAGUGUGGGAAAUGUUUUGCACUCAAAUCAGUUCUUGUUAGACAUCAGAGAAGUCACACAGGUGAGAAGCCAUUUUCUUGCUCGGAGUGUGGGAAAUGUUUUGCACAGAAAUCACAUCUUAUUAAUCAUGAGAGAAGUCACACAGGUGAGAAGCCAUUUUCUUGCUCGGAGUGUGGGAAAUGUUUUGCACAGAAAUCACAUCUUGUUAUACAUCAGAAAAGUCACACAGGUGAGAAUCCAUUUUCUUGCUCUGAGUGUGGGAAAUGUUGUCUAACAAGAUGUGAUUUACUUACACAUCACAGAAGUCACACAGGUGAGAGGCCAUUUCCAUGUUCUGAGUGUGGGAAAUGUUUUACAUAUAAAUCAUAUCUUGUUAGACAUGAGAGAAGUCACACAGGUGAGAAGCCGUAUUCCUGUUCUGAGUGUGGGAAAUGUUUUGCAUAUAAAUCAGCUUUUGUUACACAUCAGAGAAGUCACACAGGUGAGAAGCCGUAUUCCUGUUCUGAGUGUGGGAAAUGUUUUGCACACAAAUCACAUUUAGUUAUACAUCAGAGAAAUCACACAGGUGAGAUGCCAUUUUCCUGUUCUGAGUGUGGGAAAUGUUUUGCAUGCAAAUCAUAUUUUGUUAUACAUCAGAGAAGUCACACAGGUGAGAAGCCGUAUUCCUGUUCUGAGUGUGGGAAAUGUUUUGCACACAAAUCAUGUUUAGUUAUACAUCAGAGAAGUCACACAGGUGAGAAGCCGUAUUCCUGUUCUGAGUGUGGGAAAUGUUUUGCACACAAAUCACAUUUAGUUAUACAUCAGAGAAAUCACACAGGUGAGAUGCCAUUUUCCUGUUCUGAGUGUGGGAAAUGUUUUGCAUGCAAAUCAUAUUUUGUUAUACAUCAGAGAAAUCACACAGGUGAGAUGCCAUUUUCCUGUUCUGAGUGUGGGAAAUGUUUUGCACGCAAAUCAUAUUUUGUUAUACAUCAGAGAAGUCACACAGGUGAGAAGCCGUAUUCCUGUUCUGAGUGUGGGAAAUGUUUUGCACACAAAUCACAUUUAGUUAUACAUCAGAGAAGUCACACAGGUGAGAAGCCGUAUUCCUGUUCUGAGUGUGGGAAAUGUUUUGCACACCAAUCACAUUUAGUUAUACAUCAGAGAAAUCACACAGGUGAGAAGCCAUUUUCCUGUUCUGAGUGUGGGAAAUGUUUUGCACGCAAAUCAUAUUUUGUUAUACAUCAGAGAAGUCACACAGGUGAGAUGCCAUUUUCCUGUUCUGAGUGUGGGAAAUGUUUUUCAUCGACAUCACAUCUUGUUAGACAUCAGAGGAGUCACACAGGUGAGAAGCCAUUUUCCUGUUCUGAGUGUGGGAAAUGUUUUGCACGGAAAUCAGUUCUUGUUAAACAUCAGCGAUUUCACAGAUGAGAAGCCAUUUUCAUGCUGUGAGAGAAAUAAAUCUGCUCUUGUUGAACAUAUUAGACAUUACCCAAAUACGGAACCAUUUACAUCUUCUGGAGUAUA